AUGAAUAAAUCUGUUUUAUUAGAGAUGUAAUUAAAGGAAGCUAUGGAUAGAGAGAUUAAUCUCAAAAAGCUUAAUGAAUCCUUAAUGUAAGCCAUGAGUGAUAUGACAAAUUAAGAUAAAGGCAAAGAAAUUCAUUUCAUAAAUUAACUGCAUUAAUAAGAAUUAUCUAAUCUAAAAACUAAACUUCAAGAUAAAAUUAUAAUACUUGAAUAUGAAGUAAGAUAUAAAUAGUAUUUUAAGAAUCGUAAAAAAUGUUAAGAGUUUAUAUAAUUAUAAAAUGAUUAUAACCAAUUAUAAUUAGACUAUUAAGAAUAAGAAGCAAAGUAGUAAAUAUUAUUACUUAUUAGAAAAUGUCUAUAAUGUGUUUAAUUACAAUAUUAAUUAGAAUAAAUCAUUAAAUAAAAUGUGAUUGAAAAAGAAGGACUAGCUCAUGAAUUCUCAGAGGCUCUAAAUAAUCAAAAAUCCAUUUUUGAAUAUGUAUACUUAUCUUUUACUAUUCGACAGGAUAUGAAUUGUCUUAAAUUAAAACUUAAGGAACUCACAUAUUAAUUAGAUUGUGAAUAUGAAGAUAAAUAGAAAAUGUAAAAGGCUUUUGAAGAAUUAAAUAAGAUUAAUGAUUAAGCUGUAAAUUUAACAAUUAAAUUAGUAAAGAAGCUUAAUGUAAUAAAUUGCUGAUUUAAAUAAAGCACAUAAUGAGACUAUUCUUUAAAAUAAUGAAUAUCAAAUGAAUACUUAAUAAAGGGAAUAAUUGUAAAUAGCAAAAUUUACUUAAAUUGAAUAAGAUAAAAUAAUUUUAGAAAAAUAAUUAUUAGAAUUUAAGUAAAUAAUAUAAUAUAUUAUUAAUAUAGAGAGAUUAAUUAUAAAUUAGAUUCCUAACUUAAAAUAAUCAAUUAAUAAUUACAUGAUAAAGAAAAUAAAUUAGUUGAAUAAAAAACUUAAUUAACAAAAAAAUUGAAUAAUGAAAAAAAAAUUGCAGAAUAAUGUUAAGUUGUUGCUUUAAAACUUAAAAAUGAUUUUUAAAGAAAAUAAGCUCUUCUUAUUGAUGAAUCUCUCAAAAAAGAAUAACAAUUAAAAACUAUUUAAACUCAACUUACAAGAUAAAAGAGUAAGAAUAAAUUUUAUGAAAAUGCUCUAUGUUAAAUAAAUCUAUAAGAAAUUAAAAAUAUGACACCAAAAUAAAUAAAAAAACAUAAAAAAAAUAAUCUUUCUAAUGAUUAUAAUUAUUCUCGUUAACAUGGACAUUAAAAAGUAAAUAAUUACUUUAUCUAAGAAUACUUUAAGUCAAGGAUAAAAAGCAGACUCUAUACAUUUUAAUUUAACAGAUAUGCUUAAUUCAACUGAUUAAUAAAGUUUAUCUUGUAGAUAAUCUAAGGAUGAUAUUACAUACAAUAUUGAAUAAUUCAAUUGUAUUGCUAAAAUUGUAUUAUUUUAUUUAAAUCUAAGAUCUAAACAAAUGAAGAUUCAGUCACUCCUACUUAAAUAUUAACAGAUAGAUAAUUAUCUCCAAGAACUAGAAGUACUCCUAUUAUUGAUAAUUAUUAAUAGUUCAAACUGUGAAUACUAAAGGACCUACUAAGAAAGUAAGAUAAAUAUAAGCAAAUCUAUCUAAAGAAAAUGUAAAUAUGAAACCUAAAGCUUGA